AUGGUUCAACAUUAUCAAGAUGCCAUGAGCAUCGUUCGGGUUCAUGGAACACCUGAUUUGUUUGUAACCAUGACAUGCAAUCCUCGGUGGCGAGAAAUAACUGAAAAUUUGUUUUCGGGACAAACAGCUGCAGAUAGACCGGAUCUCGUAGCUAGGGUAUUUUAUUUAAAGGUUAAACACUUGAUGGAUAUAAUAGUUAAGCAAAAUCAUUUUGGCAAAGUAUUAGCUUACGUGUAUGUAAUAGAAUACCAAAAACGCGGUUUACCACAUGUACAUUUGUUAAUAACAUUGGAUCGUAAUUCUAAAAUCAACACCCCUGAACGAGUAAAUAGGUAUGUUUCAGCUGAAAUACCAGAUCCAGAAGAAAAUCCAAUAUUACACACAAUUGUAAUGAAAAACAUGAUACAUGGACCUUGCGGUGAUUGGUGUUUGGUAGAUAAUAAAUGUUCAAAAAAGUAUCCGAAAUCCUAUCUUGAAGAAACAAAAAUGGAUGAAAAUGGUUAUCCUUCUUAUCAAAGGAAAAAUACAGGUAUAUUUUAUUCUAAAUCGAAUAAUUAUUCAGUAGAUAAUCGACACGUAGUGCCUUACAACAAAGAACUGUUAGAAAUGUUAAAUUGUCAUAUAAAUGUAGAAAUAGUUGCCAGUAUUCGAGCCAUGAAAUAUUUGUUCAAAUACUUAUAUAAAGGUCAUGAUGCAGCUGCUAUUAACUUACAGAAUGAAAAUCCAAAUGGGAUAAUCGACCACGACGAAAUUCAAGAUUAUAUUGAAGGUCGAUAUGUUGGCCCUGUUGAAGCAUGCUGGAGAAUUUUCAAUAAAGAAUUGCAAAAUAAAAGUCAUACAGUUAUCAGAUUACCUGUACAUUUACCAAACCAACACACAAUUACUUUAGACCCUGAGAAUGCAAACGACAUCCAAAGUGCAUUGGAAAAACAAACUAUGCUCAUGGAUUAUUUCGCUUUAAACGCGAGAGAUCCAGAAGCAAAGGCUUAUUCAUACGCGCAAAUUCCCGAACAUUAUGUUUUUAAGAAAAAAGAUGCCAAAACAAAGAAAUUUAGUUGGGAACCACGACAAUCACAAUUUAAAGCUAUAGGAAGGAUGUAUUCAAUAAGUCCUGCACAAGUGGAGUUGUUUCAUUUACGUUUGUUGUUGAUUAACGUCAGAGGAGCAACAAGUUUCGAUGACCUUAGAACCGUUAAUGGAAUAGUAUGUGAUACAUAUACUUCUACAUGUUUGGCCUUAGGACUUAUAGAAGAUGAUAAUGAAUGGGAACGAACAUUAACUGAAGCUGAUUCGUGGAUGAUGCCAGUACAACUACGUAAGUUAUUCAUUCGAAUUUUGCUACAUUGUCAUCCGGUGUGCCCUGAAAAAUUGUGGGAAAAAUUCAAACAUUCAAUGUCAGAGGACUUUCUUGUUGAAUAUGAACCGGUUUUGGCAUAUCGGAAAACUUAUGCUUUGCUUGAUGAUAUGUUAAUUUCUGAAGGAUCGGGUAUCAGUAAAUUUCCAACGAUGGAACAACAAAUAGAGUCUAUUAACAGGGAAGCUGAUGAUAUGUCUUUAGAGGAACAUCUAAAGAUCGGUGAAGAACAAUAUCUCAAAUUAAACGAAAAACAAAAAGAAAUUGUAGACAUCAUCGGUUCGGGUAAAACAUUUAUUUACACGACGUUGUAUCAUGUCCUCAGGAGCAGACAACAAAAUGUAUGUACAAUGGCCUUUACGGGGAUUGCAGCAACUCUUCUUCCACACGGACGAACUGUUCACAAAGUCUUCGGUAUGCCUGUCCCAUUGUAUGAAGACUCAACAUCUAACAUAAAAAAUCGGACGAAAGAGUAUAAUUAUUUAAAAAAUAUCGACUUAAUCAUUUGGGAUGAGGCUCCAAUGGCACCAAGAUAUGCAUUAGAACUGGUAGACCGUACGCUGCGUGACAUAUGUAAUAAUAACCGACCAUUCGGAGGUAAAAUUGUUGUACUCGGCGGUGAUUUUCGACAAUUGUUGCCGAUUAAAAUACAUGCCACCCGUAAUGAAAUGGUCAAUUUAUCAAUAAAAUUCAGCCAAGUAUGGAAGUGUUUUAAGAUUUUUUCUUUAUCUCAAAAUAUGCGGGCAUUACCAGAAGAAACUGAAUUUGCUAAAUUCCUGUUGUCGAUUGGAGAUGGAGAUAUUAAUAAUAAAGACGAUUACGUGACUGUUCCUGAAAAUUGUAUAGCGCCAAAAGGAUCUAAUAUUGUUAUCGAUAUUUACUAUGAUGCUAUAAAUGACGGUCGAUACGAUGAUUUCACCAAAUUGGCUAUUCUUUCUCCUCGUAAUGUAGACGUAGAUGAAAUAAACAGUAAAGUUGUAGAUAUGUUGGACGAACAAUCAGAAAAGAUUUACAAUAGUAUUGAUAGUACGGAAAAUUGUGAUAACGGCACUAUCAAUGAAGCUAUUCUGGUAGAAUAUUUGAACACCAUCAAUCCUCCUAAUUUUCCUCCGCAUGAAUUAAGAUUGAGAUUGAAUAGCGUUGUUAUGCUUGUUAGGAACUUAAGUGUAAACGAAGGCUUAUGUAAUGGUACAAGACUGAUGGUUUUAGAACUUGGGUCGAAUUUAUUAAAAUGUAAAAUUUUAACUGGAGAUAAAGCAGGAGAUACAGUUUUCAUUAACAGGAUAACUUUGUAUCAUGAUCACGUAAAUGCAUUUACAUUCAAACGGAGGCAAUAUCCCUUAAAGUUGGCAUUUGCAAUGACCAUAAAUAAAGCUCAAGGGCAAACAUUCGACAAAAUUGGAGUAGAUCUUCAAAAAGACGUCUUUAAUCAUGGACAACUAUACGUUGCAAUGUCACGAGUAAAAUCAUGGAGUUCAUUGAAAUUGUACUUGAGAGAUGAAAGGUCGAACGAAUUGAUAAAGAAUUAUGUAUUUAAAGAACUUUAUCUAUAA